AUGGAUCCCAAUUUGAUUACUCAAUUGAUGGAAAUGGGUGCUAGUCGAAGCGCUGCAAUCUCUGCCUUGAGAGCUUCUAAGGGCGAUGUCAACGAGGCUGCCAUCGUCGUCUUCGAUCCCUUACAUGCCGAGGCUACCUUUUCUGACGCAGACUCUCAAUUAAUUAUCGAUGGACCUACUGGAUCUACAUCAAAGCUACCUAAAGUUAACGAUGAAGACGCGCAGGACGAUGAAAUGACUUCUAUUGAAGCAGAAUCAGAUGAUGGCGGGAUACAUGAAGAAAUCGAUUUCUUCGAGGACGAUGUGGAGGAAGUUGGAGCCGAUCCAUUUGCUCAAAUAUCUUUUCAAAAGGAUCGUAAAGAAAUCAUGUUGGAGAUUGAAGAAACUCCCGAGAAGGUUGAACUCAACAUUAAUCAAGUCAGGGAACCUGCGAUCAUCAUGCCUCAAAGUCAAUGGAUGAAAGGUUGUGCUGAAGGGAAUGAGCAAUCGUUUUUGUUUCAAAUCUAUAGUCGCUUGACCGAUACCGAAUGUUCUUGUGUGGCUGACAAAUGUAAUGGGAUCAUACAACGUCAAAGGACAGACUUCUUUGCUAUCCCUAACACCUUUGCCCUCUAUAUCCAACAUUUAGAGCAAGUGGUCCAAGCCAAGUGUCCGGACUGUGGCCGUGUGAUUUGUCUAGCCUGCUCGGAUGAAGUCACAGCCCCGUCUUCUUCAAAGGAACCUUCACUCGCAGGGGACACGUCCGCCGCUUUGCUUCAUUGUCCGGAUCUUCAAGCUGUCAUCCUGGGAGUUGGUCUAUCCCUCGUUGAAAAGAUGUAUUAUGUCACGCCUCAACCAGAGUCAUUGCCAUCUCCUGAGAUGAGACCAUCAAAAAAGACCAAGUUGGACACUCCACCAAUCAAUGAAAAUGAUUCGAGCGAAAACGAGUCCUUGGAAAUUACACAUCAUGGUCAUGCUCGUGGCGUUAGAUCUGGUCCCAAAGGGGUGGGCUAUGGAGGAGCCUCUUAUGGGUCUGAUGAUCAAUCUGGUCAACAAGCAGCCUCUCUCAUGCAAAAGAUGCAGGAUCAGUCACUUGCCUCUCUACUCGCGUCCAUCCGAGUUUUCAUGCCAAAUCGAUCAAGGAAGGGACCAUUCCGAUCAUCUGAUCACAUGCCAUCCAUCGCUACCGCCAUUCAUAUCCGACGAAGAUUCAACCCCAUUGCCAGUGAUCUUUUGAAGAACGACUCGCUCAGUGACAUGAGUGAUCGUAGAGUCCUCUAUGAGGAGUUCUUGGAGUGGCUGUUGAUUGUGUCAGCGCAUGAGAAUCUAGGAUCAAUCAUGGGACAGCCAAUCAUGCGCGAGACUUCAUCAAGAUACCUUCCGGCGACAGCUAAUUCCACAGGACAAGGUACCCGCGAGAAAGAGAUUACUUAUGAAGGUUCCGCAGGGCCGCGUGAAUUACUUGAAAACUUGUCUCGCCAAGUCAAAGCGGCCCGACAUGCCAUGAGACAUCCGGAAUCGGAAUCUCAACUUAAGAAGGCUCCAUCACUAUAUCAUCUUAGCAGAGACAAAGAAGAUAAGGAGGUGGAGAAGUUGGAAUCCUUUUGCGAGCGGUUUGAAAAAGCUGUAGCUUCGAUCGAUUUAUCGCUUGAGUCAAACAAUAAUCAUCAUGUCAUCGAAGCCAUCAAAAGUCUGAAUCGCAUGCAUGUGCCGGUCUCCAAUGAUUUAUCGUCGGUUUCACUAGAAAUUCUACAAACACGAUAUGUGAAAUGGGCUGAGAGUGUCAAAUACGAAGUUGAGUUCGAUCAUCAAAUUCCGAGUCCUCCAGAGGAAGCUCCUGUAGAUGGAGUAACAAGACCUACAGAAUCCGUUCCUUCUCUUAGCUCGAAUGCGCCAAAGUAUUUGCAUGCAUAUGCAAGAGAAAUUCAAAAUACAUUCUCAUACCCAGCCCGGAACACUGCCAUCGCUAGAGAGCAUUCUACUCUUAUAGGUGCGCUUCCAAUCUCUUGGGAUUCGAGUGUCUUCCUUCGAGUUGACGAAAGCAGACCGGAUGUCAUCAAGGUAUUGAUCACAGGACCAGAAGGCACGCCGUACUCGAACGGAUGUUUCAUCUUUGACAUCUUCUUGAACAGCAAUUAUAACCAAAGCCCUCCAAAUGUGAAGACUAUGACCACCAAAGGAGGUAGAUAUCGAUUAAAUCCUAAUCUUUAUGGAGAUGGGAAGGUCAUCAUCUCCAUCCAAUCCAUGAUCUUAUGCCAAGAGCCGUACUUGAACGAACCAGGCUGGAGUAAAAUGUCUGGUACCCCUGAAUCAAAGGCGUACAAUCUGAAUGUACGAAGAAUGGUAGUAGAUGAUGCAAUGAUUGGAUCGAUCAAGAAUCCCAAUCCAGCCUUUGCAGAUGUGAUCAAGACGCAUUUCAGAUUGAAAUCUCAAGUGAUUAAGGAUCAACUAGAUCAAUGGUUACAAGAAGAUGACGGUCAAGCUUUAAGGCCUGAUAAUCCAGGAGGCGCGGUAGGUCAAGCUAAAGUUGGGAACGGUCAAGACUCUAUGUUAGCAAGAAAUGUAGAGGAACUGAAACGACUACUGGACGAAUUAGCGAUUGAACCCGAGAUUGAGAAUCAAGAAAGUGGUUAG